AUGAGUGAGAAACGGGACUCAAAUUCCUCAGAAAACUGGCAUCACAUUUGGAGUGUCAAUGACACAAAGCACGAUCUGUACUCAGAUAUCAACAUCACCUAUGUGAACUACUAUCUUCACCAGCCGCCAGUGGCAGCGAUUUUCAUUAUUUCCUACUUUCUGAUCUUCUUCCUGUGCAUGGUGGGAAAUACAGUGGUUUGCUUUAUUGUAAUGAGGAACAAACAUAUGCACACAGUCACUAAUCUCUUCAUCUUGAACUUGGCCAUAAGUGAUUUACUAGUUGGCAUAUUCUGUAUGCCUAUCACGCUGCUGGACAAUAUUAUAGCAGGAUGGCCUUUUGGAAGUACAAUGUGCAAGAUCAGUGGCUUGGUCCAGGGAAUAUCUGUGGCAGCUUCAGUCUUUACUUUAGUUGCAAUAGCAGCGGAUAGGUUCCGAUGUGUGGUCCACCCUUUUAAACCAAAGCUCACUGUUAAGGCAGCGUUUAUCAUCAUUAUGAUCAUCUGGGUCCUGGCCAUGGCCGUUAUGUCCCCAUCUGCAAUCAUGUUACAUGUGCAGGAAGAAAAAUAUUACCGAGUGAGACUCAACUUCCAGGAUGAAACCAGCCCUGUCUACUGGUGCCGGGAAGACUGGCCGAAUCAGGAAAUGAGGAAGAUCUAUACCACUGUGCUGUUUGCUAAUAUCUACCUGGCUCCCCUGUCCCUCAUUGUCAUCAUGUAUGGAAGGAUUGGAAUUUCACUCUUCAAGACAGCAGUGUCCCACACAGGCAAGCAGAGCCAGGAGCGGUGGCACGUGGUGUCCAAGAAGAAGCAGAAAGUCAUUAAGAUGCUCCUGAUCGUGGCCCUGCUUUUCAUUCUCUCCUGGCUGCGCCUGUGGACUCUGAUGAUGCUCUCAGACUAUGUUGAUCUGUCUCCAAAGGAACUGCGGGUCAUCAACAUCUACAUCUACCCUUUUGCACACUGGCUGGCCUUUUGCAAUAGCAGCAUCAACCCCAUCAUUUAUGGUUUCUUCAAUGAGAAUUUUCGCCGUGGUUUCCAAGAUGCUUUUCACCUCCAUCUCUGCCAAAAAAAAAAGCCCGAGGAAGCCUGCACCCUAAGAGCCAAAAACAAUGUGGUCAUCAGCACAUCUCAUCUGUCAGCUCAGGAAUCCACAAUUAAAAACCCACAUGAGGAAAUUGUGCUUUGUAGGAAAAGUGCUGAAAAACCCACACAGGAAUUAAUGAUGGAAGAACAAGGAGAACGUACCAAUAACAAUGAGAUGUAA